UAACAACUCUUGAGAGCUCUACUGAUAUUGUAGACCGAAACGUAAACUUAAACAAACGGACAAGAAAUUCUAAAGUAGUAAUGGUCAGUCGGGCGUUGAGAUUACGAGCUCAGAACAUUUGCAAGUUUGAUGAACACUCCUGAAUUUUGCUCUAAGGAAAGGAGAAAUUCGAUCUAAAAAUGACCGUUUCAUCAAAUCUGGUAUUUAUACUAGGCUUAUUUUUUUCUGCUCAGCAGUCCUGGGCCUGGGAAGUUAGAGAUUUGGGAUGGUUUCUUAUACGGAACCCAGCGUUUACUGCGAUAGAGCCCCGGCCAGGAGGAGUCGGUGGAUAUGAUCUUAGUAUAAGCACCUUUACAGCAAUCCCUAAUACUCUAGAUUCAAACUAUAUUGUACGUGAUAUAGAAAAACAGUUGGUGGAAGAAGGCGAUGUGAGACGAUUGAAUACAGAUGUGUUGGACGGAGGGUUGUUUUGGCCAAAUGAGGUUGGACUAGUACCAGAGGAUGUAUUUGGGAAAGAUGGAAUUCGCUGGUCCGCAACUGGGUUUAUUCUCCCAUCUAAAAGACGUGGGAACAUCGUUCUUAUGGAUGACUCGAAAGGCGAAGGAGUCGGCAAGUCGUAUGAUAUCACAACGUCGAAAUGCAACAUGGGAGUAUGGUCCUACCACCGUGUUCGCUGGCACGAUGUCAACGGUGACGGUCGUAAAGACGCACUCACGUCCAGACUGCGUUUCGAUUUCACAAAUGGUUUAGAGAAGGCUGAGAUGGUUUGGUUGGAACAUCCUGAAGAUCCGUUCAAUGGUGAACCAUGGAACAUCAACUACAUGUACGACGGGCCGGAUGCAUUCUUCACACUGGUCAAUCUCACGACACCAGACGGCACAUUUGAGGCUAUUAUAUCUCCUGGGUAUUUCUUACAGACAUUGUUUGUGCAUUGGAUUGAAGGUCCUGCCACUGAUUGGUCAAAGCCUGAUCGGAUCUACUCUCGAAUUAUCGAUGCCGUUGUUGGAGAAUCCUACUUUGAUGCAUACGUAGCGGAUGCAAACCGUGAUGGGCGAACGGAUGUACUAGUGACUGCAAGCAGCGAAGUCAACGGGAAACUGCUUGCCUUUGAAAUUCCUGAUGAUUUCCGUACCGAAGAAUGGACUCGUCACCUGAUCGCUGAUGGUUUUAUCCCCAUCUUAUCCCAGGAGGGCCAGGGCUCGCCAGGCAUCGUGCUCCCCAUCUACGAGAAAACUACGGAAACAGACAAAAAGCCCCUCCUUCUCCUCACAGGCGAUGAUGACGGCAAGAUCUACAUCUUUGAGAGCGAGGACUACAAUGACGUCACCAAUUGGAACUACACCGAGAAUAUCAUCUUCAGCGUGCCUGGAACAGUCGGCGCGAUGUCCGUUCAAGACAUCAACGGCGAUGGAUACAAUGAGAUCUUCAUCCCCGGUUAUUCCGUCAGUAGAUUCCACAUUUAUACCUUUGCGCCCUAAUGACGUCACAAUGCUAAAUGACGAUGUCAUAUAGUCAGUGCUUUGACCGGGAUC